GCAGCCAAUGAGGGAUUGCGCUGUGUUGGGCUUUUAACAAGAGGAGGGGGGAGGGGUUAGGUAAACAGGAGCGGAAAACUCGUGUCUUUGAGUUGCUGUAGAGUCAAUCUGGGGUGAAUUUUUGCGCAGCGCCGAGCACACAGCGAAAUCUCUGUGAAGGGAGGAAGUAUGAUCACCUUCAUGAACAACUCUGACAGCGAAGAGGAAGCGUGUAACGAGAGAACAUCCCUGAUGUCUGCAGAGAGCUCGCUUCUCCCUCCCUACCAUGAUGGUGUACAAGAUUCCAGUACAACAGAAACUCAGACACACAGGAAAAGACGUACUGGCAGUAGCAGUAGCGUGAACAAAACUCCUGAUGGAAACGUAUCUGAUUCUAAUAGAGCAACAACAGCACCCGUUGCCCUGGACGGAGAAGAGGAAGAGUUGACCUUGAAAUAUGGAGCAAAGCAUGUCAUAAUGCUGUUUGUGCCUGUUACCCUGUGCAUGGUUGUGGUUGUGGCAACCAUAAAAUCAGUGCGUUUUUACACUGAGAAGAAUGGACAGCUGAUUUAUACCCCAUUUAGUGAAGAUACGCCUUAUGUGGGCCAGCGUCUCUUGAGCUCUGUGUUGAACACCAUCAUCAUGAUCAGUGUUAUAGUAGUCAUGACAAUCUUCUUGGUUUUGUUAUAUAAAUACCGUUGCUACAAGUUCAUACACGGCUGGCUAAUUCUCUCUUCUCUGAUGCUUCUGUUCCUUUUUACCUAUAUCUACCUUGGUGAAGUGUUAAAGACCUACAAUGUGGCCAUGGAUUAUCCUACCCUCUUCUUUGUCAUUUGGAACUUUGGAGCGGUCGGAAUGAUUUGCAUCCACUGGAAGGGGCCCCUGCAGCUCCAGCAGGCUUAUCUCAUCAUGAUCAGUGCCUUGAUGGCUUUGGUUUUCAUCAAAUACUUGCCUGAGUGGUCAGCCUGGGUCAUUCUUGGAGGCAUAUCUGUUUAUGACUUGGUGGCUGUUUUAUGCCCAAAGGGACCACUCCGAAUGUUAGUGGAAACUGCACAAGAGAGAAACGAGCCAAUAUUUCCUGCACUUAUUUAUUCCUCUGCCAUGAUAUGGACUGUCGGAAUGGCAAAACCGGAAAAUGUGCGAAGAGGCAUUUCUCAAGAAACAUGGGAUUCAGCUGAAGGACCUGAGAACCAUGGGACUUCUUCACACCCUGAGCUUGAAGAUGGAAGAAGUCUAGCACCUGGCCAAAGCGGUCAACAUGCUAAUCAGAUAGGCAACAACAUACAAGAGAUGUUGGAGGAGGGAGAAAGAGGUGUUAAGUUGGGGCUUGGAGACUUCAUAUUCUACAGUGUUCUUGUAGGGAAAGCAGCUGCUACUGCUAGUGGUGACUGGAAUACAACUCUGGCUUGUUUUGUAGCCAUCCUUAUAGGCCUGUGUUUAACUCUUUUAUUGCUGGCAGUAUUCAAGAAAGCAUUGCCUGCCCUUCCGAUAUCCAUCACCUUUGGCUUGAUCUUCUACUUCUCAACAGAUAAUCUUGUGCAACCUUUCAUGGAUACCCUUGCAGCUCAUCAGUUAUAUAUUUAAAGAAAGGCAGGGGGUGUCUCUUCUUCCAAGAGCCUCACCAUGUGGCUGGAUAAUGUUUAAAAGGAUACAGUUCUGUGAUUUUUAUACUUAUUGCCAUAGAUCUUUCAGGAAACCUUGCCAAAAACAAAAAGUGAGCAUCCCCUGCAAUUUAAUAGCCGGAUCUUUUAACAUUUGAUCUUAAAAUUAGACUGAGAUCAAGAAGCAGUCUGCUGUGGCCCAUGUUUGUUCCGAAUCAAGACCCAUCCAUCCACUAACGCCCCUGAAUUAAAUUGUGUUUACUCUCAAGUAAGCAUACCUUUAUAUUCUUAAGAGCCCUGAUCUUUCUCUUUCAGGCUAGUGCCACAAGGUCUUCUGCCUCCUGAGACAGAAGGAGAAGCUCUGCAUGGGGUUGGCCGCUGCCAUCCUGCUUGUGGUAAAGCCAUGAAGUGGCUGAGCUGCAGAGGUGGUGGUAGAGCAGCAAGGGUGUUCUGGCUUCAGUAGUGGGCAGUCUGUGGCUUCUGUGCUGCUGCUCGUGCUCCACUGCCUGAGGCAACUGUCUCACCUGGGCUAAUGGCAGGGCUGGCCCUGCUUUCAGAAUAUGGUCAACAGGUUAAACUCUCAUAGUGCAUGGUUAUGAUUCUGGUUAUGGAGAGAUGAAAAAUCUCUCUCUCAGAAUGUGAGUUUUGGAUUCAGAUCAUAAGAAAGAACUACUGGAUACUCCUAAUAAAAAGAGGUUUUUAAAAUUCUGGGAAAGCACAAUAUUUAAAAGGGGAAUGAAAGUCAAGGCUGUAUAAGAGAGAGAUGCAACCUUCAGGGCUGAUUGAACAAUGGCACAGGCGCUGUCUGAAGAGAAGGGACGAACAGUUUGAACCUACACUGGGUAUCUCCACUUAAUGACGUGCUUGCAUGCUUUCUACAUGCCUGAUUUGGCACUACAGGUCACAGCAGGAAUUACUGGAAGCCAAAUGCAAAAAAACCACUGGUUUGUUUCAGUUUUGUGCAAUUUUCUUUUGUCAGCUGAGUUAUCUGGGAAAGUCAAGUGUAUGUUGGAGGGUUUGCCUCCUGGGGAUCCUGAAUGAAUGUGUCACAAUGUAAAUGUGAGCAAAUGUGUCAGUGUAUACACACAGAGGCAUACAUAUGGAUGUCUAAGCACUGCUCAUACGAACAGACAGAUUAAAAAAAGGAGAGUGGUGGCAGUGGUGGGGCUUCCAGCAGCCUCCUCCAGAUCUGUUGAAUUCUCAUCGUCUCCUGGUAGCCACCAAGGUUAACACCGACUGGGUAGUGGGAGUUACGGUCCAUCUGGAGUCCCCGAUGGUGGGUUUCUAGGUCUUUUGGGCAUGGACAGGCAGAGAGCAACCAAGCUUGUUUGACUGCAGCUCUUGUUAGUGACAUAGCCAAUGGUCAAGAAUGCUGGGAGUUGUAGUAGUACUAUAACAUGGAGAAAUAGGUAUAGUGGUACCUAGCUAAAGUUGAAGAAGUUACUCUUCUGGGCUCACAACUACCAGAAUUACCAGUGGCCAUGCUGGCUAGAGGCUUCUGAGAGUUGUAGUCUAGAAAAGUAAUUUCUGAAAUGUUGAAGCCUCACUGCAUCUUAAUUUUUCUUUAUCUUUUAAUGGGGAAAUAUCUUACAAUAACCAAUCUUGUGUACAUUUGAUUAGCUAUAUACAGAAAUGGUAUAAGUGACAUGAAUAGUAAAUUCAUGGUUGCACAACAACUUAAGGGGGUGUCAUAUUUUGGCUCGGAAACUGAAUAAAUGGUUCUCAUUUUCUUUCAGUAUUAA